AUGGACAGUGAUCCCGACAGGAGCGAGCAGUCGAGUGAAGAACAGAUGGAGUCCUACUUCGAUUUGGUCAAGCGGUACACCACGAAGAAAACGCUGCCAACGGUGGACCAUGAUAAGAUCGAGUACAAGUCCUUCCGCAAAAACUUGUAUGUGCAGGUCAAAGAGAUCACGAACUUGAAGGAUCACGAGGUAGCAGAUCUCAGAAGAACGCAUGGUGACAUCACAGUCAGGGGGAAGCGAUGCCCGAAUCCUGUCACAAGCUUCUUGCAGUGUGGCUUGCCCGACAAGAUCAUGAAGAUCAUGGAGAAACGUGACUAUGAAAAGCCAUUCCCUAUACAAAUGCAGGCAAUUCCUGCGUUGAUGUGCGGCCGAGACGUCAUAGGUGUCGCCCAGACAGGUUCCGGCAAGACUCUUGCGUAUCUGCUGCCGCUCAUCAGGCACAUCUUGGACCAGCCGAAGCUUGGGAAUGGAGAUGGCCCGAUUGGAUUUGUGGCUCUGACCCUAGAUCAGCUCGUGGCAUGUCUCAACAAGGCCGACCGCAAGCAGCUGGCCUAUGUGGCCUAUACUAUCGUCGCACCUACUCGUGAGCUUGCGCUACAGAUCCAGCGCGAGGCAGGCACAUUCUGCAAAGCUGUGCACUUGAUCAGCGUUUGCGCAUAUGGUGGCGGACCGAUGGGUGAGCAGCUCUCGGCUUUGAAGAAAGGAGCUGAGCUGCUGGUCGGCACGCCCGGUCGCCUCAUCGACGUCCUCACAACAUCAGGUGGGAAGAUCACCAACCUCAGACGAGUAACUUUCCUGGUAUUGGACGAGGCUGAUCGCAUGUUUGACAUGGGGUUCGAGCCGCAGAUCGGCAUGUUCUUGCAGAGCACUCGUCCCGACAAGCAGGUGGCGAUGUUUAGUGCAACUUUGCCAGCACAUGUUGAAGCUUUGGCCAGAAAGGUGCUGAAGAAGCCCCUGGAGAUUUCUGUUGGAGAGAAGAACACAGCGGCUUCCAACGUGACGCAGUUCGUUGAGGUUCUGGAUGAGAGCCAGAAAUUUUAUCGACUGCUUCAACUUCUGGGAGAGUGGCAUGAGCACGGUGCAAUCAUGAUUUUCGUCCAUCAACAGAAGGACGUAGACGAGAUGUUUACGGAACUCCUCAAGUAUGGAUACCCUCCGCUUGCGUUGCACGGGGGCCAGGACCAGCAAGACCGUGAUUUCACCCUCCAAGACUUCAAAGAUGGCAUAUCGAACAUCCUCAUAGCAACAUCUGUUGCUGCUAGAGGCAUCGAUGUCAAAAAUGUCAUCUUGGUGGUCAAUUUCAAGGUACCCGACCACUUGGAAGAUUACAUUCACCGCAUUGGCCGCACCGGCAGGGCUGGGAAGGCAGGCUUUGCCUACACUUUCAUUCAGCCUGAUGAAGCAGACCGGGCUCAGGACCUUGUGGAUGCGCUGCGACAGUGCAAUCAAGAGGUACCGCUGAAGCUCAAGGCCCUCGCAGAGGAACACCAGACUGCGGUGAACACCGGCCAAGCUCAAAAGCGAAAACGAUGGGGUGGCUUUGGCGGGAAGAGCUUCAAGUACGACAACACAGAGAAAAGCAGGCAGCAGCAAGAGCGGCAGCAGGCAAAGAGUGAUCUUUUGAUUGGAGACUUCGAGGAGGAGGAUGAGUUCAAAGAUCCUUGGUUGGAGCCGGACAAGCCGGCCAAGGGUAGAGGCAAGCGAGACGACAAUGCGUCUACCAAAGCAGCCGGGACUACCGACACUGUGGCGGCAGCAGCCAACGUGGCGGCCAAGAUGCAG